AUAAAUAAUUAUCUUUAUUUAAAACAAUUAUUUCUAUAUUUGUUAGAAAAAAAAAAAAAAAAAAAGAAAUAAUCUUUGAUGUGUAUUGUAAUACAUACACUCACUCACUCUCACACACACACAAAAAAUUAAAUAAUUUUUUUUUUUUAAUUUUUAAUUUUUUUUUUAUUUAAAUUUAACAUUAAAAAAAGAUUAUUAUAAUAUUAGAGUUAACUUUAUAUAAAUUAUAUAGAUAAAUAAAAAAAACAAUAACAAAAACAACAACAACAUUAUUUCAUUUUUUUUUUCAUAUUUUUUUUUUUUGUAAUAUAAUUUAUUUCAUUCAUAAUAAUAAUAGUAUAUAAUAAUCACAAUAAUAAAUUUAUUAAAUAUUAAAUAUAAUAAUAAAAAAAUACAAAUUUAAUUAAACAGCUACAGAGUAAUUAAUUUUAAACUUUUUUUUUUUCUAUUUUUUUUUGUACAUACAUAUUUAUAUACAUAUAUAUAUAUCAGACUCUCACCUAUAUAUCAUCCAUACACUUUAAACCAAACAUAUUGAAAAGUUUUUAAUAUAAAUAAUUAUUUUAGUCUAAAUUUAAUAAAUAAAAAGUUAUAUAUGUAUUAUAAAAUAAUAAUAAUAAUAUCAAAUCUAUAAUAAAAAUAAAAAUAAAAAUAAUAAUUGUAUAUAUAAUAGUAAAAUAAAAUGUUAUCAAUGACUGAUAGCAGAAAAAGAGUAACAGUAUUUCAAAAUGGUAAAAGAAUUGGAGGUAAGGCAAUUAGUAUUCCCAAAAAAUGGCCAGAGUUUUUAAAGAUUAUAUCAAAGAAAUUAAAUAUACCAGUAUCAAGAAUCUUUAAUGAAGAUGGUGGUGAAAUAGAUGAAAUUGAAGCAAUAGUACCAAAAGAGAUAUUAUACGCAAGUUGUGGGGAGAAUUUUAUAUUUAUUAAGGAUGUACAGACAGGAGUAACCACGAUUGGGGGAAAUACAUCACUUGUAAAUAGUAAUGGAACACCUAGUUAUUACCCAGCAGCAUUACCAUAUAAUAGCCCAAUAGGGUUUACACCGUUAUUAAAUAGUGGUACCAACAGCGAUGGAUGUACAAAUACAAGCACAACUACAACAAUGAUAACAAAUAUAAAUAGCUUAAAUAAUGGAAUGAUAUUAAACAAUAGUGAAUGGGUCAGUUUAAAUGUUGGUGGAAGAAUUUUUUCAACAACUCGUACAACUAUCCUCCGAGAUAAAGAGAGUAUGUUAGCAAAGAUGUUUAGUGAAAGUUGGGACUCUGCAAAGGAUAUAAAUGGUGCAUAUCUUAUCGAUAGAUCUCCAGAUUAUUUUGCUCCACUUUUAAAUUUUCUACGUUGUGGCACGAUUACAAUUGACGAUGGUAUAAAUAUAGAGGGUGUUUAUCAAGAGGCAAGAUUCUUUAAUAUAACUGGUAUGGUGGAUAAGUUGGCAUCAAUGGUAGAGAGAAAGAGCAGAUCCGAUGUUUUCACUCGUAAAGAUGUCAUAUCGAUUCUUUUGACAUCCUCCUCAAAUUCUAGUCUCAGAUGUCAAGGUUUAAAUUUGGCUGGUGUAGAUUUAUCGAAAUUAGAUUUAAGAAACAUAAACUUUAAAAUGACAAACUUUAAAGAAACCAAUCUUUCAAAGUGCAAUUUAGACAAUGCAUUACUUCAAGAAGCAGAUUUAAGUGGUGCUGACCUAAGUGGAGCCUCUCUCAGAGGUACCAAUUUAACAGGUGCAAAUUUAGAAUCAUGUAAUCUCAAAGGUGCAAAUUUUGAAGAUAGAGGUGGUCAAAGAGCCACCCUCGAAAAUGUAAAUUUUAAAAAUGCUACUCUCGAAGAGGCAAACUUUAGUGGUGCUAACCUCAGGGUUUGUAAUUUUAAAAAUGCAAAUCUCGAAAAUUGUAAUUUCCGUGGUGCUGAUUUAGCUGGUGCAAAUUUGGAAGAUUGUAAUUUAAGAGGUGCAAAUCUACAUAAAGCAAAUUUAAUUGGUGUAAAUUUAAGAGGUGCUAAUUUUGAUAUAAGAACCGUUAGCUCAAGAUAAAAAAAAAGAAAAAAAUCAAUUUAAAUCAAAUCAAUUUAAAAUAACAACCAUCUAUAUAAUUAUAAUAAUAUUUUUUAAAUUUAAAAAAAUAUUAAUAUAUUAAUAAAAUCUCGCCUCACUGUAUAUAUAUCUAUUUAUAAAAUUU